UGGCACCCGAAGCCUUGGCCGCACCCGCACAUCGCCACUCUCCCCCACGCCACCACCACCGCCGCUGCGGCUUACGGCUACGCAGCUCUCGCGCCCCUCGCCGCCGCCGCCGCUCUCCGAGGUUUCCGGCCGCUAACUUCGUCUCGUCUAGGAUUGACCCGCUCCUCCGCACGAUCGCCGCCUCCUCCGCCUCCUCCCCGAGGGUUUCCCCGCCGCCAUGUCCGGCCUGAGCGCGCCGCCGUUCGACGGCCUCGCGUCGGGGCCCGACCCGUGGGACGUCGUCGUCAAGGUCAAAUAUGGUGACACGCUUAAGAGGUUCAAUGGUUAUGUCAACGGAACACACUUCACUUUGAAUCUAUCUGCUCUUCGUUCCAAAAUUGCGAGUGCUUUUAAGCUUGCCCCUGAUGCUGACUUCAUUCUCACUUAUACUGAUGAGGAUGGGGAUGUUGUUAUGCUGGAUGAUGACGAGGACUUGCAUGAUGCAGCUAUCCAUCAGAAAUUGAACCCUCUCAGGAUUAAUGUUCAGUUAAAGAAUAGCCAUGCUGGGGCAUCUCACAUUAACCGGCAGGAUUCAAGCCCUAAACCUCUUGGGGCCACCACUCAGGAUCCGUUAGCUCAGAUAAAAUCUGUUAUUGAUGAAGCUUUAAAGCCCAUAUCAGAACCUUUGAGAUCCACUGCAAGGGAAGAUCCACUAGCUCACUUAAAAUCAGCUCUUGAUGAAGCUAUGAAGUCUAUCCAUGAGCCAGUUCCUGAAUCCCUUGCAAAACUGUCACGUGAAGUACUUGAUGCAGCACCACCACAAUUAACUGAUCUGAUAAAACCUUUCGUGAACUUGAUCACAUCAACCAACAGUAGCCAAUCUGCCGGGAAUGCUGAGAGUUCACCGGUCUCCUCCAGGGGUGUGCAGCAAGCACGGGUUGAUCUCAAAGCUGAUGGUCAGCCUAAAGUUGAGGCAAGUUUGGGUUCACGACCUUUGAAUCAACGAAACCCUGUAUCUUCUGAGACAGGAGGUCUUAAGAGUGUGUUAGUUGAAGUUCCUGCUGCAGUCAUCACUGAAGCUUCUCAAGGCCAACAAAGAUCAUUAUAUCCUUCUGUUGAGGAUUUGCUGUACACAUCCAAUUCAGGUGGUAACAGUUCUGGUUGCAAGGAUAUGACUGAUGCUCAAAGUAAGGGAAAGUCUGUCAUGCCCUCUGCUGAACCACUCGCUCGUUCCACUGUUCCCAGUUUUCGUCCAAGUCACCCAAAUGCAUCUGGAAAUGAAUGGUUCCAGCCACGAAGAUCGGUGGAUGGAUGGUCCCAGCCGAGAUCCAUUUGGCAGCCUGAAACUAAUGUCAAACCAGCUAGUGAUCCUGGAUGGCGUGUUCCAAUGUAUAAAGCGCCUCACCCAUCCCCUCCAGUCCCCCAUGCACCCUUGGGCUAUGGACAUUCUCCACAAUUUCCUUACCCUGGCCGUCUGCUAUCUGCUGGGCGCCUGUAUGGGAAUCUUGGUAAUAACAGUGAGAGGUCACCACGAGUUUCACAUAGGUGGAUUCAGUGUGAUGGUUGUGGAGUUCAACCAAUUGUUGGGCCGCGCUACAAGUCUAAUGUGAAAGAAGAUUAUGAUCUGUGUGAUACCUGCUUCCGUCGUAUGGGCAGUGAGAUUGAGUACACCAGAAUAGACAAGCCUAUCCUGCCACACAAGUUAUCUCAGGACCCUAAUUUGUGCCGGAAAAUCCAUUCACGUGCUUCAAUGAAGUCAAAGCGUGAGAAGCUUGAAAGCCGCUUCAUUUUGGAUGUAACGGUGCUGGAUGGCACACUUAUGUCACCUUCAAGCCCGUUCACUAAGAUUUGGCGCAUGCACAACAAUGGGUCUAUCAUGUGGCCCUUGGGCACACAGCUAAUUUGGGUCGGUGGAGAUCAAUUUGCUCUGCAGACCUCUGUCCCAUUAGAGAUUCCAUUGAAUGGAUUUCCGGUGGAUCAAGAGAUGGAUGUUGCUGUUGAUUUUGUGGCACCUGCAAGGCCUGGGAGGUAUAUAUCUUACUGGAGACUGGCAUCACCUUCUGGUCAAAAAUUUGGUCAGCGGGUUUGGGUUCAUAUCCAGGUGGAAGAUCCAUCUUUUGUCAGUGACAACAAAACUGCUGCUGUUAACUUGAAUCAGCCUCAGGAAAGCAACGUGACAAACACAAGUAGUCUGCCUCAGGAAAGCAACAUGACAAACACAAGUAAUUUGAUUGAUGUCAACAUCGAGCCUGCUAACCAAGUCCUAGAUGAACAUGUCAACGGCACUAGAAUGGAACUGCUGGAGCCUUUGAUAUACCGUGAAGCUGCUGAGCCCGAGAAAUCCUCAGCAUUUUCAGCAGCUCCUCCAUACCCCAUAGUCGAUGUUCCGUCAUCCAGUGAAAAUGCAGCUGUUUUCGUGCCAAGUGUUGAUGUACUUGCAGCUGAAGUCAUUCCGAGACCUGCUGCGACUACACCUGCUGAUGUGCCCACAAGUUCGCUUACUAGUAUCCCUGUGGAUCUGCCCGUAGCUGCAACCACACCUGUGGAUGCACCGCUUGACAUCGACAGUCUUACAGAAGAGAAACUGCUGCAGGAGCUGGAGGAAAUGGGCUUUAAGCAGGUUGAUCUGAACAAGGAGAUACUGAGGCAGAAUAAGUACAACCUGGAGCAGUCGGUGGAUGAUCUGUGUGGUGUCAAUGAAUGGGACCCUCUGCUGGCGGAACUGAACGAAAUGGGAUUUGAUGACAGGGAGACGAACAAGGAGCUGCUUGCCAAGAAUGGAGGAAGCAUCAAACGAGCUGUGAUGGACCUCAUCGCCAGGGAGAAGAAGGACAAGUGAAGAUCGUGUGCUCUCGAGCACCUAGUUAUCUAUAUCUCGUUAUAUAUGCGUAAAUAAUGAGACGAGUGGUACUGCUGUUCUGCUGCUCCAGUAUGUCUCGUGGUUUGCUUAUGAACUGCUGUGAAGCGUGUUGUUGGUGUGACUGUGUGUGCGGUGUGAACUCUUAUGUUGUCGUGGGUCAGCUGCGUGUGGUUGCUGUAAUGGCCUUAGUUGCUUUGUUCCUACUAUCGUGACUGGAAGACCUUCUAUGUGCAUUUCACCUAUAUUAUUAUGUGUUCCGUGUCGACA